UCGCGCGCAGAUGGGUGGGGGCGCGUGGAAACUGAUCCGCCACAGCGCGCACAGUCUAAAACGGACUCUUAACGUGCUGCCAAACCGGAGGGACACGGCAACGCCCCGCGCCGGACUCCCCCUGCCAGUCUCCACAUCUCUGGAGAAACAUCUGAACUAAUUCAACAGGGCAACGGCAGAAGUAGCCGGAGGGACCAAAGCGCGUCCGAGGUUUGUUUGUGGAAGUAGCGGCGCUCAUGGCGGCAGCUCGGCUGCUUUAGACGGGUCACUUCCAGUGGAUUUAAAGCGGGAGAAAUACGUCUGUUGGAUGUCAGUCAGAAGAAUAAUGGAUGCGCUCAGACUCCCCGUUGCUGUUCUUCUACUUCUGUCUGUUUUCAGCUCUGGAAGCGCUAUACAGUUCCCAGACUCCCAUCUGACCCGGAAAUGGGCCAUGCAGAUGCAGGAGGAGUUAGUGCAGUUGAUUGAUGCUGAGACGGGCAUACAAGAGCUCCAAAAAAUUUUCCUGCAGUUUCGAAACCACUAUAAUGUGAAACAAAACAACGCUACACAGCUGGUGGCAAAAGCUGCACGUGAAAUCGAGAAACUUCUUGCCAGUCGUUCCACAGCUCUUGAGGCGCUGGCGACGGAAGCGGAGAGGCUGCAGAAGGAGCACCAGUGGAAGGAUGAUCUUGACGUGAAUGAUACCGUCUACUACAAGGCCAAGCGAAAGAACAACGACUCUGACACACUCCAGAAUGUGGCAGGCAGUGGCAGCAAGAUCGAAUUCAGUGUGGAUCCUUAUUUCGAUCGCAUGGUUUCAAACAGUACAUCAGCGGUGCACAUUCCCACCGAUAUCUAUGAGGGCUCCACUAUAAUCCUGAACGAGCUAAACUGGACAGCGGGUUUGGAUGACACCUUUAGGAAGAACAAGGAAGCUGACCCGUCCCUCCUCUGGCAGGUGUUUGGCAGCGCAACUGGCCUGGCGAGAUACUUCCCAGCUUCCCCGUGGGGUGACGGAAAGUACAAGGAAAACGAGAUCGACCUGUAUGAUGUACGCCGAAGGCCCUGGUAUAUUCAAGGUGCAGCUUCACCUAAAGACAUGUUGAUCCUGGUGGACGCGAGUGGAAGCGUGUCAGGCCUGACACUGAAGCUCAUUCGCACUUCUGUCAGCGAGAUGCUUGAGACUCUCUCCGACGACGAUUACGUCAACAUCGUCUCUUUCAACAAUUCGGCCAAGUCGGUCGCCUGCUUUGAAAACCUGGUCCAAGCGAACGUCCGCAACAAGAAGAUUCUGAAGGAGGCAGUCCAGAAGAUCACAGCGAACGGCACCACUGACUAUAAAAUCGGCUUCAGGGAGGCUUUUGACCAGCUCUCCUCAAUGAAUGUUUCAAGAGCAAAUUGUAAUAAGAUCAUCAUGCUGUUCACUGACGGAGGGGAGGACCGAGCUUCAGAGAUCUUUGAAGAGUAUAACAGGGAGAAGAAGGUUCGAAUCUUCACCUUUUCCGUGGGCCAGCAUAACUAUGAUAAGACGCCGAUCCAAUGGAUGGCUUGCAAUAACAAAGGUUAUUAUUAUGAGAUCCCCUCUAUCGGAGCCAUCAGGAUCAACACCCAGGAGUACCUGGAUGUGUUGGGCAGGCCCAUGGUGAAAGAAUACAAGAAAGCUAAAAGCGUGCAGUGGACCAACGUUUACGUGGACGCUCUACAAUUGGGCCUUGUGAUUACAGGCACCCUGCCAGUGUUCAAUAAGACCAGGAGCAGCCAAGUCAAGAACAAGAGCCAGAGCCAGUUGAUUUUGGGGGUGAUGGCCGUAGACGUGUCUCUGGGUGACAUCAAGAAGCUGACUCCACAUUACACUCUCGGACCGAAUGGCUAUUACUUCGCCAUCGACCCCAACGGCUACGUGCUGCUUCAUCCCAACCUUCAGUCAAAGGAUCGCAAGUCUCAAGAACCCGUGACGCUGGACUUCUUGGAUGCAGAGCUAGAAGACGAAGUGAAGGUUGAGAUCAGAAGAGAUAUGAUAAAUGGUGGAAUGAAUCAAAAGAGAUUCCAAACACUAAUGAAGUCUCAGGAUAAGCGUUACAUAGACAGAGGCAUCAGAACCUACACUUGGGGUCCAGUCCAUGACACAGACUACAGUCUCGCUUUAGUUCUUCCCGAUUACAGUGUCAGCUACAUCAAGGCCACUAUAGUAGAUACCAUCACUCAGGCCAAAUCUUGGAAAGUCUCAGAAAAUUCCGAAGAAGCUGUUUUUGAAAGCCUGCACGUGGACAGAUUUGAAGAGUAUGGAUAUACUUUAAUAGCACCCAGAGACUACUGCGCGGAGCUGAAAUCUCAGACGGACAACAACACACAGUUCCUCACAGACUUCAUUGAGUACAUUGACACAAAUUCCCCGUACCACUGUAAGAUGGAGUUAAUAAACAGACUGCUGCUGGACGCUGGCAUCACCGCUGAACUGGCCAAAUACUGGAACGAACAGGGGCAGAAUGAGAGAAUCAGGGCUAAGUUUGUGGCGACAGACGGCGGAGUCACUAGAGUCUAUCCUGCGAGUGCUGGUUUAGAAUGGACCGAACAGGCAGAAACGUACAAGUCUAGUUUCUACAAGAGAAGUCUGGACAAUAACAUUUACGUCUUUACAUCAUCGCCGUAUGCAUCUAAUGAUUCGGUUUUGGUGAGCAGAGCGAUGGAUCUGAGAGUUGAUGAAUUCAUGCUGAAGCCAGCAGUGGUCGGUGUAAAACUGGAUAAGCAGACUUGGAUGGAAACCUUCAUCAACGCUACUGUUACGCCCAAAUGUAUUGGUGAAAUCUGUGGGUGCAGGAGGGACGAUAGCAAUCUGGACUGCUUUCUUCUGGAUGACGGAGGCUUCCUUGUCAUGACCAAUAAGGACCUUUAUAUCAAUAAGAUCGGACACUUUUUCGGUAUGAUCGACCCCAGCCUAAUGAGAAAUCUGAUUAACGAAUCCCUAUUCUCCGUCAACAUAACCUACGACUACCAGGCCCUCUGUGAACCCACCAGAGAAACUAAAGCCGCCGCUGGCCUCAGAUCAGUCUAUGUGCCCACCAUUGCUGACAUCCUGAACAUUGGUUGGUGGGCUUCUGCAGCAGCCUGGUCAAUAUUGCAGCAGUUGUUUGUCAGCAUCACAUUUCCUAACUUCCUCGAGGCAGCGGACCUAGACGGUGAUUCGUCUGAAGCACCAGCUAAAGAGAGUUGCAUUAAAGAGCAGAAACAAUAUUUCUUUGAAAGCGAUGAGACGACAUUUAAGGGGACUAUUGAUUGCCAGAACUGCUCCAGGCAGUUCAUAGCCGAAAAGCUUCCGAAGACAAAUCUGGUGCUUAUCGUUGCUGACACAAAAGAACCGUGCUGCCAGGCUGAUGAAAAAUAUUUCUCCCAGGAAGAAAAGCCUUCUCCAGGUCCAGAUCCCUGUGAGAUAGCCCAGAACCCACGCUAUCGGAAAGGUCCGACACAGUGCUUUGACAACAACGUAAGCGAGCAGAACGAGGAUUGCGGUGGUGCGUCGGGUCUGAGUCCAUCUGUGGUGUCCGUGGUCAUCCUCCAGCUGCCGCUCCUCUGGCUUCUGAUCGGACGAGGACACGGACUCUCGUGACCUCAGCGCAGAGACGCCACACCCCUCUACGAUGCCAAAACUUGCCACAUUUGACCGUUCGUCCGGACUCCCACGCCACAGCCCAGCACACGGAGGGAGAGGCUCUGACCCAGGAAGUACAAAACUCAAGCCGCGAUCACUCACAGCCUUUCGGGUCAAAGUAGGUCGGAGAUGAUAAAUGAGCAACGACCUUUGACAUUUGACCCGUGAGGUCAGACUCUCUCCGCAUGAGCGACGGGGGUGGGCAGUCUUACCUGGGUGGGCAGACCUUGACACUUCAUCGUCACUUCGUCCUGUCUUUAAAACGAAAAGAAAAAAAUGAUCCAAUCACAACACUGCCAACCAAAGUUUCGCCCUUUACCGGUGUGAUGCCUUUUUUUGAACCUAUUUGUCCUUCAGCAUAUUUUCACGGCCAAUUCCUCUGUGUUACAAACUGUUUAUAUGUGACUUUUAUGAUUUGCCCUGCUGAGGUCUUUAAUGGACCCCUCUGGGUUGGGUCAAAAUCCAGCCUUGUUUGUGGUCUGCAGCCCAUUACUGGAAAAAAAAGGACAAAUGAGCUUGUGACCCGAUGCAAAAGUCUCUUGUUUUUCCCAGUGGUCUCCACCUCUGUGCCUCGGGAAUAUCGGUUUCAAUUCCGACCGCCGUUAGGAGCGAACAAUCCCUCCCUCCGUUUGUCCACGGGUUCCUGUAUUCGCUAUUUUUUAAUCGGCCCAUAGUGCAUUUCAAAUGCGCACCGCUGCCAAACGUUACCCUGUGUGUGGUCUUGCUGUACUUUGCACUUGAUGCCAAGCAGGUCGUGUGGCCAAACAGCCCUUUGCUUCUUAUUUAGGGUCUUUUAAAUGACAGCCCGACUCGCACCGACCUAAAAGUUCGCUAAGUUAUGCGUCCUGGCUGUGAGUAUGCCGAGAAAACCCCGCUGUUGCAUGUGCGUGCGUUUUUCUUUUUUCCUUUUUUUGGUGCAUUAGCCGUUUCUUCUAAAUUGUUUUUAAAAUUCAACCCAUUGAAAAUGAGCGAAGAGUUUUCCACUGUACGUUUAAUGUCGAGUUUUAUGAUAUAUUUAAUGUACGUGUGUGCAUAUGCGGAUACUAAAGGGUGAAAGGCGUUUAUGACACAGUUGCUCUUUCCCACACUUUAAUAUCAUCUGGAGAACUCGAAAAGGUGGAAAGAAAAUUAUCUCAUGUUUACAGAUAUUUUGGGGAGAGUUUUUCUAUACGAAAUGCUGCCCCUGGUUGUGCUGUCUGAGUCUCUGUUGUGUCGUUUUUCACUUUAAUGUCAGAGGCAGAGCUCUGUCAGCCUUUCUUUCCUGUCAACGUGCCUUGAUGUGAAUGGAUUCGUAUAAAAAUAAGCAAAGGAAUAUCACAAUGUGCAAUCUGACCCAGAGAAACGCAUAAUUUCGGCAUUCUGAUCUGAUAAGAAAAUUAAACUUCCGUCCCUUUAAGAGAUCCUGACUGGAUCUUUGUGCCUCAUUGAAAUCUGGGCCAAAAUCCAAAAUGUAUGGAAUAAUUAAGAUUUUAAAAAGAGAUUUAAAUAAUUUAAAUAAUUACAGAAGCUCUGGACUGCUCAGAAAAUGAACAUUUAAAAAAUAUUUUUCACAGUUUUAUUUGUUAAAUAUUAAUAGUGACAUUGACAGUAUAUUUGAACAAUUUAUGUAUUGUUUAUC